AUGAUUAGGCCUUCAGUGAGUCUCAUUGUUGUAACGUUGCUGUUCCUUGUUGAGGCACGCAAAGAAAAAUGUGAGAAAUGCUUGCCUAUAAACAGCUGUUCCUUUUACGGAAACUUGAAUAGAGAAGAACAGGAGAGAUGGGCUGAAAGAUUUGAGUGUCCCAAAUCUGACAAACAUGACACCGGACCACUUUUUGGAUUUUCACAGACCGCUAAGGGCGAUAUGGUUUGCUGUCCAAAUUCAAUCUGGGGUACAGAUAAAAACGACGCUCAAGGAACCAAAGAACAAAAUAUCAACAAAAAUGCACAAUAUAAUGUGCAAUCGGACUUCAAACCGCCAAACCAAAGAGAUAACGCAUUAAAUUAUAACAAACCAGCUGACAACGAUAAUUCGAAUCGGCCAACUGAUAUUUUAAGUAGUUAUGACACAGGUUCUAAUAGACCGGCAGAUAAUAAUUAUGAACCAAGUUAUGAAACUCAUCGAGCACCGCAGAAUCAUCAAGUUAGACAGCCAUACAAUCAAGGAAACUGGGCACCGCGUCCCGCAAACAAUGACUGGAACAGAAAUAACCAAAACUUUGGAAGAAAUAGAAAUCCCUUCGAUGGAAAUGGGAACUCUGUUAGUGGAAAUCAGAAUCCUUUAGGUAGACAAGGAAAUGCAUUUGGAAAUGCAAAUAACUUUGGUCAAAACGGGAAUAAUUUUGGCUCAAACGAUAAUUCCUUCGGUAGAAAUGACAAUUCAUUUGGUAGAAAUGAAAAUUUCUUUGGUGGAAAUGGAAAUGCCUUUGGUAGAAACGGAAAUGCCUUUGGAAAAAAUGGAAAUGCCUUUGGUAGAAACGGAAAUGCCUUUGGAAGAAACGGGAAUUCUUUUGGUAGAAAUCAAAACACUCCAGGUGGAAACUCAUUUGGUGGAUCAAAUUCAGGAAAUCAGUGUCCUGUGACAAGUUAUCCGCCUAAUCCCGAAUCUGGUUGCUGCGGCAGAGAAGCUACUGAUUCUGAUAGAAUAAUUGUGAGGCAACCAUGGGCCUCCCGGAAUGAAGGACCGAGGAUGGACAGGCCUUGGAAGUCACCGAUGGAUGAUUACAGAAACUGGAAUUCCCAAAUGAGAUUUAAACGACAAGCUACUAAUGUAACGGUUGAUCAUCGUAUUGCUGGUGGUAAAGAAACGGAGCUAGAACAGUUUCCCUGGACAGUUCUCCUGAAGACCACCUUCGACUACGGGUCCAGCGAGGCCUCCUUCAACUGCGGAGGUUCUCUCAUCAGCUCCUUUUACGUGCUGACUGCUGGUCAUUGCGUCGUCGAUGAUAAUGCACGGGUCAAAGAUAUUGAAAUCUACCUAGCGGAGUUUGAUAAGCGCACAUUUCCGAGGGACUGCAAGAAUAUUCUUGGAGAAGGACAGAAAUGUGUUGAGAACAUCGUGAUAAGAGCUGAGAACUUCUUUCCACAUCCUAACUAUGAUAACGAUAGGCUGUUCAAUGAUAUAGCUCUGAUCAAGUUACAACGACCAGCACCUUAUACUGAUUACAUUCGCCCUAUUUGCCUUCCACCCAUCAACGUUGACGAACCUGACUUCUUCAACCUUCGCCUGGCUGUAUCUGGUUGGGGAAGAAACGGAAAAUACAAAUCAGACAUCAAGCAAUCCACAGUCGUCAACCUCGUCCCUAAUAGGGAAUGCAGAAAUUACUACCCAAAUCUAUCAAAUACCCAACUUUGUGCAGCGGGUUAUUCUGGCGAGGACACAUGUAAAGGAGAUUCUGGUGGUCCUCUGAUGCUGCAAUAUGAAGGGAAGUACUUCGUGUCCGGAGUAGUUAGUGGAAAAAGAGCAGAUGCGCCAUGUGGUACGUCCGUACCGUCUUUGUAUACAAAUGUGUAUCAACAUUUAGAUUGGAUACGUAACAAUAUAAGGAACUGA